AUGGCUAAGGGCGCUGUUCACGUGGAACGUGCUCCGCCUCUUGAGACGAGGACUAUGCUUCAUGGUGAUAAGACCAUCCGUAACCCUUAUCUGCCAUUGAUCGAUGCUGUGUUGAGAAAGUAUCCACAUUUAAGGUUCGAGAAAUGUUACGAUCCGGAUAACCAAUGGCAGAAAGGUAUCGAUAGCUAUGGUAUUGACCACCCUGUGAUGCAAUUUGUUGGUAAUCAGCUGUCUCUUAUGAACAGUGGGAUGUCACGACGUGAUGCGUUCAUAAAGACUGAGCAGAUGUUUUAUAAGCGUCGUAUGGAGAUCGAGGCUAAACUUAAGGUGGCCAUGGCUCUCGCGGUAGAUGAAGAUGUUGAGCCCUUAUAUACUACGGGAUACGCUUAUUUACAUAAAAAAAUCGCACAGGAACGUGCUAAGUUCCUUACUCAUGUCAGGGAUGAACUAAGGUAA